AUGGACCGCGCUCAGGAGUCAACUGAAUCGCUGAGGCAUAAAUGUGCAGCAUGCUUCAGACAGUUCAACAAAGUGGAGCAUCUAGUUGAGCACAUGAAAAUUUCUUAUCAUUCUCCACAUGAACCAAUUUGUGCUAUUUGCAAAAAGCAUUGCAGAUUCUACGAUUCACUGAGGGAACAUUUGAUUGGUCCAUUACCCAAAGCUAAGUGUGCUAAACAAUUCAGUGAAAGGGGAUGCAGGCUCUGUCUAAAAGUUUUCCCCACUACAGAACAACUCAUUUAUCAUCGAGCAGCAUGUCAAUUUUCCUCGGUGAAUAAAAGAAUUCCAGCAGAAAAGGAGCAGAUUUCUGCCAUUGCACUGGAUUGUGAGAUGGUGGGUGGUGGUCAGGAUGGGUCUCUAGAUCUUUGUGCACGAGUCUGCUUGGUGAACGAGGAAGAAAAAGUGCUUUUCCAUUAUUAUGUCAAGCCUCCAAUUCCAAUCACAAAUUACAGAUAUGAUAUCACUGGCAUCAAACCAGAACAUCUCAUGGAGGCCAUGCCACUCAAGCAAGUGCAAGAAACAAUUCAGCAAAUUUUAUAUAAUGGAGAAGCAAUUUGGCGAAUUCGUUUGAAAGGGGGAAAAGCCAAGGUUCUUGUAGGACAUGGCUUAGAUCAUGACUUGCAAUGCUUAGCAAUGGAAUAUCCUACCCAUCUUAUUAGGGACACUGCUAAGUACAUUCCACUACUAAAAACUAGUAAAGCCAGCAAUUCACUCAAGUAUCUCACUCAAUCAUUUUUAGGGUAUAAGAUUCAGAAUGGGACUCGCGACCCAUAUGAAGAUUGUGUGGCAUCAAUGCGUAUUUACAAGAAAAUGAGAAAUCAGGACCAUUACCAGUCUGCUUGUCUCAGUGCAACUAAAUUUGUUAGUGAGAAUGCGGUGUAUUCAAGAAUGAAACAGAAAGACCUAGAGAAAAUGAGCCCCGAAGCUCUGCUUCAUAUUUCACAAUCUGAUUUUUACUGCUGGUGCAUUGAUUCUAGGUCACAACCAACUUGACUAGAGAAGCCACUUGAAUCUCUUUAGCUACCUUAACUGGACUUUCAUAGGAGGGAGUUUGAUGCAUUGGUUAUGUACA